AUGGAUAAUGAUGAAGACUACAAAUCACUGUUAAUCCGGAACGACUCGUCUGAUGCUAUUCUAACACUGUACGUGUAUCCCCAUUGGUUCUGCUGGAUCUCCAAGGAAUCGAAAAUAAUAUAUCCCAGCGACAAGUAUCUCUACCGUAGUAAGAAGAGAUUUCAGUUCGAGGUGGUUGCCAGAUUUGAUGACCGGAAAGACAAGAAAAGCGAAGAUGACAGCCAAACUGACAAAAAAGAUGAAGAAGACGAGCAAGACAAGCCAAAAAAGAAAAAACAGGUCCUCAGAGAAGUUCAACAAUGGAAGGAAGAUAAACUAUUGAAUAUAACUGGCUUUUUGGGUUCAGAGUCACUUGAUGUCGUUGAGGGAGAUCUUACCCAUUACCCUGAAGAUAAACAAAUAUGCCUUCGAAGACUACAACGAGACAAAGAGCUUAAAUUUACUAGCGGAGAACGUAACCUGUAUGAGAUCUUAGGGCUUGACAUGGCCAAGGUACGUAAAAUGUCAAACGAAGAACAGAAACAGGUUAUCAGAAGAGGAUAUCACAAACAAAUACGUUUAUGGCAUCCUGAUAACAAUGGUCGUGGAGAUGAAGAGAUCGCCAAAGAGAUCAUCCUUGCCUACAACGUCUUAGAAGAUAACGCUCUACGUGCGCGUUACAACAAUCAGGCUGACUACGACGGCGGUUGGCUUUCCUGGAGUCGUUACAAAGCAAUUUUCAAGCCCGAGUGUUUCAAUGAAGAACAGGAGAAGGCUUACAGAAAAAGAAUGUGUAUGUUUGCUGCGUCAGUUGCGAUGACAGCCAUAGGUAUUGGUCUUACUGUUGGCACCGCUGGAUUGGCAGCACCGGCGCUGGUAGCAGUUGGAGCGGUUUUGGGAGGUGGACUUAUCGGAGGUGGAUUUCAAUCAUUGCAGCACACUUUAAAUCAGCGGGCCAUUGUAGACGAGUGUCUGGUUAAAGAGUGGCUGAUGAAAGCAGGGAUUGGGUUCCUUGGAGGAGCCGCUACCGGAGGUGCAGCUGCAGGCUUUACGGCAGCUAUAACCGGUCUUGGAAGCGCCGCUUUGGAGUCAGCUGCCAUCACUGCCGGUCAGUACAUGGGCGUUGGAGCAGCAACUGGUGCUACAGGUGGUGUUGCAGCUUCUAUUGCUUUAGAUGCAGGACGAAAGUUUGUUGAUGGUGAACAGAUCACUUGGAAGCAGGCUGUUGGACAUGCAGUGGUCGGCGGUGUAAUAGGUGCUGCUACAGGGAUGGCAGGAGGGGCCGUCACUAAAGCCAUUGUGGCAGGCCAAGCAUCUGCGGCAUCUGCCAAUCUUGAAGGUGAGAUAGCUGAACAAGUAGCUAUUGUAACUGGAGCAAGGCGUGUCGGUAAUGUUCUGGCUAAAACCAUUCCCCGAAUGUUAACAGAGAAUGGAACAGAGGCUGUGAUGGGAACUGUGUCUCGAUUUGCUGAGGAAAGGCUGGAUGAUUCAGUUGAAAAUCGAAGUCCUGGUGAACAUAUGAGGGAUGGAAUAAAGAAUCUGGCUACAAAUACCGUAACUGGGUCUGUUCGAGACUGCACUGCCGCAGGUGUUUCUCAUGGGUUGAACGAAGCAAGGGUCCAUCAAAAAUCAAAGAUGGAGUUGAAAAACCCACCUUCCACUGAAGCUAUAAACAAAACGGAUGAAGUUACAUCACACGAACGCCGCGGCCGAAUAAGAUUGAAGAUGGACAAAGAAAACAACGAACAUCUGCAUAAAUUGAAAUAUGGUAUAUGCUCUGCCAAAUACCAGCCAAUUGUUAACGAAAACACUUCACAACUCACAAGAGAAUUCAAAAAGAAACUUGAUCUACCUAAAGAAAAAAAAGAAGAAAGUAACUGCCACAGGACUGGCAAAUGGCCCUCCGGCUACCAACCGCUUCGUAACGAGUUGAAAAACCCACCUUCAACUGAAGCUAUAAACAAAACGGAUGAAGUCACAUCACACGAACGCCGCGGCCGAAUAAGAUUGAAGAUGGACAAAGAAAACAACAAACAUCUGCAUAAAUUGAAAUAUGGUGUAUGCUCUGCCAAAUACCAGCCAAUUUUUAACGAAAACACCUCACAACUCACAAGAGAAUUCAAAAAGAAACUUGAUCUACUUAAAGAAAAAAAAGAAGAAAGUAACUGCCACAGGACUGGCAAAUGGCCCUCCGGCUACCAACCGCUUCAUAACAAAGAAACAUCCAGCCAAUCUCUGCCUAUCGACCUGAGUGACUAUGGAGAAGAAGAAGCAAAUGGAAAAGUCAAAUACAUAUCAGAAGGAGCAUGGUUCUCCAAAAUGGUCGUUAGCUAUGUCCUAAAAAAGAAUGAAAAGAUUGUUAAAGAAGUUCUCGGCAGUGGAUCGUCAGUUGAUAUUCCGUCCGUUGCUAGGGAUAUCGAAGUUAAAUUUCAAGUGCAACGUCCCUUUUGGGGGGACAUUUGCAAAUAUGAUCGUUUUGGUGGUUUCUGGUGCAAGCCAUACCAGCCGCAUGUCUUUUGUUACGACUCUCCGCCAAUCCACCGCACGUUUACUAUCAGUGGUGGCCUGUGGUAUGAGGCUGUGAUGAGGGUAAGCAAUGAAUACCACGAAGAAACAAAAGAAAUGUGA